AUCUGCUGUUUGUUUGUGCUGCUGUUUCUUCUGUUAGGUCUGCUGAUGUGUUGUGGAGCUGCAGAUGGUUUCUAUGAUCUGCUGGUAGAUUUAGGACAGAGUGUGACUAUAGACUGUGAGAUUAGUGUAAAGGAUGUUCACUGGUUUCUGAUGAAGCCGCCACAUUCCAUAGUGUAUAUAUUACGCUCUUUCUCAGGCAUGACCACGGAUGCAGUUUACGGUGACCAAGCCUUCAGAGAAAGAUUCUCCCUGAAGCACAAUGGUAGUUUAUUUAUUCAAAAUAUCACCGUGAAUGAAUUAGGAAUUUAUUACUGCAUGAACCCAGAGUCAUCACAGAAAAUUAGUAAUGGAACCAGACUUCACUCCAAACUGCAUGCAGACGACCAUCACAACCAAACGGAAACGAAUCAGCAGCUGCGGAAUAAGAUACAACAUAAAGAUGAAGAGAUCAGACUUUGGAAAAGUCUUCUUAUCCUGUCUUGCCUGAUGAUGUGCAUUCUGCUAAUUACUGUAACAGGUUUCAUAAUAAGCCACUGCAGAGGGUCUCCAAACAGCGGUUUACAGCAGAAUGAAGAGUCCAGCAGAUUAAAGAAGCUGUACACAGUGAUGCAACAGAACGGCAGCAGAAGCAGCACCUUCACUGUGGUGGAGUUUACUCAGCUUAGCUCUGUUCUGUAGGAUCAACCACACGUGUGGUCACUAUACACAUCAACUGCCAAACACACAAAGCAGAGAAACACUGCCUCCAUUUUCAAAAUCAGGAAAUAAUCUUCUCUGAGAAGAUUUUAAAAUAACCACUUUUCACUUUCUCACGCGAUAAAACAUAUAUUUCCUUUGUAUUUCGAAUCAUACCGUGUGUUCACAUAAACAAAUAAAGACAAGACCUGUCGCGAUAAUUACAUUAUCGACUUAUCAUAUGAUAAAGGCCUCAAUAUCACCUAUUGUGUUUAUUUAAUAAAGAGAGCUCAUCAAU